UUAUUUUUAUCAUUUUCUUUUCAGUUUCAGAAAUACCUUUCUUUCAGGAUUCGAUCAACGGAGAAAGAAAGAACGCAUCGCCGCUUUCCGCUCUUUCUUCUCCAUCGAAGCCGGAGAAAAUUUUGAGAUUUUUAAGAUUCUUGAACUCUUUCUCCAGUUUUUUAUUUGAUUCCACUUGAGAUUGGGCUCAUCAACUAAAACCCAAAUAAUGGAGGGAGAUACCUUCUCCAGCCUUGGCAAUGGAACCCAGAUUGAUAACAAAUUAGUGCAGAACUUUCAGAAGAGCUUUGUUCAGGUACAGAACAUACUGGAUCACAAUCGUCUACUAAUCAAUGAGAUCAAUCAGAACCAUGAGUCCAAGAUUCCAGACAACCUCAGCCGCAACGUCGGCCUCAUCAGAGAGCUCAACAACAACAUCCAGCGCGUCGUCGACGUCUACAGCGAUCUUUCUUCGUCCUUCUGCAAGUCCAUGGAGUCCUCCUCGGAGGGAGACUCCUUCACCGGCACCCUUCAGUCUGAUUCCAAGAAGAGAAUCCGGUCGAGCUGAAUGAUUCUAUGAUGUGUGUGAAUUUUGAAGAACUGAUUAUUUCAGCAAAGAGAGGAAGGGGAGGAAGAAGAAGAGGAUGUGUGAGAGAGUAGCAGUGCUGUUGUUCUGCAACAUAAUGAGGGUAUAAUUUUAUGUGCAAUCUUGAAUCUGAAUUGGACUGCUCCAUGAUUUUAUUGGAGCAUUUCACAAGUAUUUUCUUCAAGAGUUUUUU